GUGAAGCACACACACAGCUGCAGCUCCACCAACCCAACAAGAUGGUGUUCACUAUAAAGGACAUGAGCUUCAAGGCCGGGAUGGAGAUGAAGAUCUCUGGAAAGGUUAAAUCAGGCUGUGAAGAGUUCUCCAUCAACAUCGGUCACGACGCCAACUCCAUCGCUCUUCACUUCAACCCGCGCUUCAGCGGCAGCGUCAUCGUGUGCAACUCCAACAUGGGCAGCUGGGGAGACGAACAUCGGGAGCCCUGCUUCCCUUUCCAACAGGGAGGAGAUUUCAAGCUGACCAUCAGCUUCAACAACGACACCUUCUACAUCAAGCUCCCAGAAGGCACCAUGAUGAGCUUCCCGAACCGCUCCGGUGACGACGUCUUCAAACACGUGCACGUGACGGGAGACGUGAAGAUCUCCAGCAUUAAGGUCAACUGAGCAGGACGGCCAUGUUCUCCUGUGGUUCCUCACUCCACUGAAUGUACCAAAGAGUGUCAAAUAAAUCCACUGACAGAAUGA